AUGGCUAUGUCCUUGCCUUAUGAGCUUCUUAGAAUAGUUUUUGACGAAUGUGCAGGCGAUCCCUUUACGCUUCAUUCCUGCGUAUUAGUUAACAGAAACUGGUGCGUUCUAGCGCUUCAAUACUUGUGGGCCAAACCUUUCACCUUGUUACUUUCAAAGUUGAAGCUUGGAAGCACUCGAUCGAUAGAAAAUCUUAUAACCACAUUCAUCGAAUGUUUUACCGACAUCGAUUCUCUGGAAAAUGCAUUGCAAACGUGUAAACAUAAUCGUAAAAAGUUUCCGUUUGAUUAUAGUCUUUACUUAAAAGAGAUACAUUUCCAUGAGAUCCACUCUUUGGGAACAAGGACAAGACUUAAUAUGACUAAUAUGCCAAUCAUGACUGUUAUUGCUCAUUUGGCAAUUGUAUAUUGUCCAAAUCUCACAACUCUUUCUCUCACAUACCAUGCUUCACAUCAGUUGGCUUUCUAUAUAAAUGAGAAAUGGACUCUUCCCAGAUUGCAAAGUUUAAGUUUGUCUUUAAAUUUACACUAUGGUGCAUUCUGCACACUUUCCAGGGCAGCACAUAAAUUGGAAUCAAUUUCAGUUGAAGGUCUCGAUAUUCAUAGCCUUGCUGAACAAAUACCACAUGGGUUGACAGAACUCAUACAGUCUCAACAUCAACUAAAGGCAAUCACUAUAAAAAACAUUGCUGAAAUUGAUAUGGGUUCACUAUUUAAAUUGUUGGAAUCACAAUCAAAUACUCUGGAAUCAAUUGUUUUGGAAGGAAGUCAUCUUUGUCAAGAUGCCAUAAAGAUUGAACAAAUGAAGUUUCCUCAAUUGACAACCAUCUGCAUAAAACAUAGUUGGAUAUCAGAAAGAGGACUGAAAGUCAUUGUUGAGGCUGACUUACCAAAGUUAAAACAACUCAAGAUUGAAGAUACUGGACUGCAUGAGAGUGACUGGAUUCCAUUAGAAAACAAGUAUCCUCAAUUAGUUUAUUCAGGUGAAUAUUUUUAUUAA